AUUCGUUUCAGUGGCUGAACAAUCGCGGAACGCAUCGAAUCGGAAGUGAAUUGAAAUCUCGCAGCUUAGCUAUGCAUAAUACGCAUAUAUUAUUUUUGCUACUGGGCCUUACAAUUGGAGGUUUAUAUGUGCAGGCCGAGAACGCGAAACCCAUUACGGAACAAUGUCUGGUGUGUAUGUGUGAGGCCUUGAGCGGUUGCAAUGCCACGGCUGUGUGUGUGAAUGGGGCCUGUGGCAUCUUCAGGAUCACCUGGGAUCAGUGGGUGGAUUCAGGAAGAUUGACCAUACAAGGCGACUCGCCGAUGACGGAUACUUCUUUCACCAACUGUGCCAAUGAUCCUUAUUGUGCAGCUGAUACCUUGCAGAGUUAUAUGGUGAGAUACGGACAGGAUUGUAACAAUGAUGAGAUAGAGGACUGCUACGAUUAUGCAGCCAUUCACUAUAUGGGUCCUUUUAACUGCAAGGCGGAUAUGCCCUAUACCUAUGAGAGCGUCUUUAAACGCUGCUUGAGGGAUGCCAUUCGGGAUCAGAAGCGACAGAUCUCCAGCUAAUCUUCGAUUGCAUUCUACAUUCUAGUAUCUAGUUACUAACUUAUAAGGAAGAGCCCGCGUAAUUUAUGUGCGAAGAUUGCAUUGCUAAUAUAGGCGUUAAUUUUGAUUAAUAAACAAGUGGCUGGAAGGCAACUAAAA